AAGGAAUGGCUGUGUCUGAACUGCCAGACCCAGAGGGCUCUGUCUGGACAACUUGGAGACAUGGGAAAGAUGGCCCAGCCUCAACCCACCAAGACCCAGGCCCAGCCCACACCACUCCCUGCAGUCGCAACCACCAAGACAGAGCCCCAGCCACCAGCAGCAGCAAGAACCAAGGCCCAGCCUUUCCCUAAAACACAGCCCCCAUCCCAGACUGUGCCUCUCACCUCAGUGCCCACUCUACCUACACCAACACCUGCCCUUGCACAUAAGGAGCUGGAACCAAAGGUGAAAGUACCCAAGGCUGAAGCUCCCGUAACGGUCGCCAAGGCUGAGGCUCCUGAGACGGAAGUCCCUAAGGUGGAGAUCGCCAAGACAGAGGCACCAAAAAUGGAGCCUUCUGUGGCAGAGGGUCCUAAGGCUGUGCUGCCUAAACAUGUACCACCUAAAUAUGAACCACCCAAAACUGAGGCUCCAGCAGUAGCUGCUCCUGUUGCCUCUGUCCUAGUGACUGAGACCAUGACUGCUCCUGCUCCUCGAUCCACCACAGUGGCUACGGCCGUUGCUGUCACUCCAGCCACUGUGGAGGAGAAACCAGAGGCUGAGGCUCAACCAGCAGAGCUACCUAAACCAGCAGAGGAGAUGGUUGAGAAGCCACAGAAACAACAGGAACCACUGCCUGUUGCAGAGGCCGAGAGGGUAACUCCACAACUAGUCCAAACUGAUACUAUCAAGGAAGUGGCCACUCCAUUGGUUGACAAGAUGGAUGAUGUCCUUCCUGAACCUCAGCAGAUACUCACUGAGAAGAAGACUGUGAAGGCAAGUUUUUGUUUAACAGAUGAAUCAAUGUAUUGUUGUUAUCAUAUUCCCUAUUCAAGAUUGUGAUCCCAUACAAAUAUAGAUCGCUGCCAUAGUUGUUAACUGUUCACACAAAUAUAAUUAGCUCCAUAAACAAAAUUGACAACAAAGCUUUCAGACCCCUUCCCUUUUUCAACAUUUUCUUAUGUUACAGCCUUAUUCUAAAAUUGAUUAAAUUAAAUGUUUUCCUCAUCAAUCUACACACAAUACCACAUAGUGACAAAGCGAAAACAGGUUUUUAGAAUUUUUUGCAAAUGUAUUAAAAAUAAGAAACUGAAAUACCUUAUUGACAUAAGUAUUCAGUCCCUUUGCUAUGAGACUUGAAAUUGAGCUCAGGUGCAUCCUGUUUCCAUUGAUCAACUUGAUUGGAGUCCACCUGUGGUAAAUUCAAAUGAUUGGACAUGAAAGGCUCACACCUGUCCCACAGUUGACAGUGCAUGUCAGAGCAAAAACCAAGCCAUGCGGUCGAAGGAAUUGUCCGUAGAGCUCUGAGACAGGAUUGUGUCGAGGCACAAAUCUUGAAGGUUUGAAGGUCCCCUAGAACACAGUGGCCUCCAUCAUUCUUAAAUAGAAGAAGUUUGGAACCACCAAGGCUCUUCCUACAGUUGGCCGCCUGGCCAAACUGAGCAAUACGGGAGGUGACCAAGAACCCGAUGGUCACUCUGUCAGAGCUCAAGAGUUCCUCUGUGGAGAUGGGAGAACCUUCCAGAAGGACAACCACCUCUGCAGCGCCACCAAUCUGACCUCAGUAAAAGGUACAUGACAGCCCGCUUACAGUUUGCCAAAAGGCACCUAAAGGACUCUCAGACCAUGAGAAACAAGAUUCUCUGGUCUGAUGAAACCAAGAUUGAACUCUUUGGCCUGAAUGCCAAACGUCACGUCUGGAGGAAACCUGGCACCAUCCAUACAGUGAAGCAUGGCUUGUGGCAGCAUCAUGCUGUAGGGAUAUUUUUCAGCGGCAGGGACAGGGAGACUAGUCAGGCUUGAUGGAAAGAUGAAUGGAGCAAAGUACAGAGAGAUCCUUGAUUUAAAAAAAUAUGCUCCAGAGCGCUCAGGACCUCAGACUGGGGUGAAGGUUCACCUUCUAACAGGACAACGACGUAAGCACACAGCCAAGACAACGCAGGAGUGGCUUUGGGACAAGUCUAUGCAUGACCUUGAGUGGCCCAGCCAGAGCCCGGUCUUGAACCUGAUCGAACAUCUCUGGAGAGGCCUGAAAAUAGCUGUGCAGCGACGCUCCCCAUCCAACGUGAGAGCAUGAGUGGAUCUGCAGAGAAGAAUGGGAGAAACUCACCAAAUACAGGUGUGCCAAGCUUUUAGCGCCAUACCCAAGAAGACGUGAGGCUGUAAUCGCUGCCAACGGUGCUUCAAUAAAGUACUGAGUAAAGGGUCUGAAUACUUAUGUUUAAAAAAAAAAAUGUUGUUUGUUUUGCAAAAAUGUCUAAAAACCUUUUUUUUUGUUGUCAUUAUGGGGUAUUGUGUGUAGAUUGAUGUAAAAAAAAACUAACAAUUUAAUCAAUUUUAGAAUAAGGCUGUAACGUAAGAAAAUGUGGAAAAAGUCAAGGGGUCUGAAUACUUUCCCGAAGGCACUGUAUGUUUUGAUUUAUCUAUAGGACAAGCACAUUUUCAUCUGAUGCUUUUUUUAUUUUCAGAAGAAGGAGAAGGAGCCGACUGCAGCCUCCCUCCUAACAGACCAGGUAGUAGUUGAGGUACCAUCCAGCCCAGCCAGUCCAUUUGAGUCUGACAUCAAGCCUGAGGACAAUAGUGACAAGUCCCAGGAUGGACCAUACAUACUUCCCAUCUCACAGGGCUCCUACACCUCUGAGGGCGAGCUGAAGGAGGUGCAGAUAGUCAGAGAUGUCCCUAUGAUGGACACAAUCCCUGACACAGCCAUCCCUGCCAAGGAGGAGGUGAAUGGGGCAAAGAGGCGUCUGAGUUAUGUUCCGAUGGAGGAGAGCAGCGGGAGCGAACCCUCUCCCUCGCCCAAGCUCCAGAGACGGAAGUUAAGUGCGAUAGCGGUCAGCACGGCAGCCUCGUCCAGCAGCGAGGACUACAAAGAUGAAAGCCCUGCAGACAGCCCUCCAGACAGCCCAGACUCAUUUGUGAACGAGGAGGAGUUAAUCCGCAGGCAGAUCAUGGGAAUGAUGGGAGAGGAGGAGAUGUCUCUCUCAGAGGAGGAGGAAAAAGAGGAGAAAGGGAGCAGAGAGGAGGAGACCAAUGAUGUUGUGGUGGAUAACGCAUCAUGUAAAGCCAAGCCUCUGUUAAAAAAAGGCAGUAUGGAUGAUGAAGACAGCCCAGCCAGGAGACAAUCUCUCCCAGGGUCUGAGCCAAAAUCCAUUGUAGAGAGUGCUGAACUCACUGAGCAAACCACUGUGUAUAAGAAAGCCAUGACACCGCAGAGAACAAAGAGCAUGGACGAUGGGGAUUCAGAGGUGGAGAGCAUCACAUAUUCUCUGGAGGACAGGUCCAAAGGUGAGGGGUCAUCCAGCGUCCAGGUGUCCAGCUUCACCCCUGGAACCUCCCCCACCUCAGCCUCUUCUCUGGAGGAGGACAGCGACAGCAGCCCCAGCCACAAGAGGAGCGGGGAGGGGAAACAGCCCCGCAAGGCCAAGCACAGGCAUGCCGGCCAGCCAUUCCCCACCAUCGAGGACUCGUCAGAGGAGGAGGAGCUCAGGGAGGAGGAGGAUCACCUCAGGGAGCAGGACAAACCGAAGGAAUCGGACCAGCAGCAGGGGAAGAGGAGCUCCAAGAAGUCCAAGAGGGAAAAAGAUGAUCUCCGGGCUCAGAGGAGAAGGGAUCUGCCUCUAACCUCACCCAGUAACCUGUCUCCCAUUGAGGAUGCCUCGCCCACUGAGGAGGCAAGGCAUACUAGAGAGAUGGAAGCGCUUCACAGGACCUCAGUUUCUGACUAUUUUCCUAGCAUGGAGUCUGAUUCAGACGCCUUUCAUAUGGAGACCAGGAUAGUUGUCCCUAAAGAACAGAAGUUCAGUUCUGCAAAGCCACAAAAGAGUGCAGAGGAUGAAUAUGAGGAGAUGCUUCAGAUAGCUAGAUCUCCUAAAGGAGAGACAGAGCCAUUCCCUGAGAUAGAGCUACUUUACGAAGGCAUGGCCAUAGAGGACUACCUCUACGAAUCCCUAGUGGAGGAGCCUGAAGCUAAACGUAGUUCAGCCCUACCGGAGCAGCCCAGUAAAGACCCUGCUAAAGAGCCAGGGAAGAAAGGUUUGAGGUCUCCUGAAGAGGUGUAUGAGGAGAUGAUGCUGAAGAAGAAGGAACUGAUGUUGAUAGAGCAGGAGUUUCAGAAGGUUCAGUCAGCUAUCAACACUCCUAAUCCUGCGAUACAUGUUACUGCACCAUCCUCUGCUGCAGCUGAGAGCUGCAAAGUUGGUGAGGCCAAGGGGGAGAAGCCUAUGUUAGAUGCUGGUUCUACCUACGUUAAGAGGAAGAAACGUCCUGCUCCACCACGGCCCUCUGAACCUCCUAAACGGCCAACAGUUCCUCAGGAUAUGACUAUGAGGAGGGCUCUUUUCCCCAUACCGGACUUGAAGAUCACCCAGUGUUCCUCUGGAGAGGAUGAGACGGAUGAUAGUCUAAUAGAGGAGUAUGGAGUGGGAGUGUCCUCUGAUAUUACCCCUAGUGAUGAGUCUGAGACACCAACAACAGAGGUAGCUGACAUUGAACCCAUCACUUUGUUGUGUGAGGUUUCCUCGGCUAAAGCUACUUCAGCUCCUCUCUUUGCCCCUGAGAAAGUUCUAGCCCCCAGUACGACCACCACACCAUCACAGGUCUCUCCAGUAUCCCUGCCAACCUCACCAGCGACUCCAGACUCAAGUCUAGGCUCCAACGCUACGUCCUCCACCUCGUUCCAAGCUCAAAGUCCUCUCUCUUCUGACUCUACUGCAGUGUGUACUCCGACACCAGACCUGGCCAAAGCAGCAGCUCCCUUUGCAGCUCAGCCGCCUGCUGAUAUCGCCCCUCCUUCUAUCGCUCCCAUUAUGGCUGUUUCUCCAAGCACAGUUUUGGUCACAAUACCAGAUCUGGUGACAGAUCCAACCCAAGCACCAACACCAGCUACAACUACAGCCGAUGCUACAGCUUCUCCAGCCCAAGCCCCAGCUCCUGCCUCAACCCCUGUCUCAGCACCUGCCUCAGUGAUAGUACAGAUACCUGAUCCAGUUGUAGUCCAAAUGCCAGACCUGGUUACAUCUCCAUCCCAGAUGUCUGCUCAGGUUCUACCUUCUGUGCAGGUCACAGCACCAACUCCAGUACCAUACCCAGUACCUUCUCAAGCCCCAUCUCCAGUCUCAGCUGCUCCCAGUGCAGUGCCAACUCCGGCUUCAGUCUCUGCUCCAACUCCUGCCCCAGCUCCAGUUGUAG